CAUCAUCGCAGCCUUGAGCAUGCCAGCUCUACUUCAUACUCUUCGGACUCGAGGUCCUCCAAGGAUAGAGUCAGCUCGAAUGAGUCAUUUGGCUCUGAUCCUGGUACUGAGUAUCCUAGAGGUUCUCAUGAUCCUAUCAUAGCUAAUGUAAAAUCUGGUUCAACGGUCGCUGGCUCUGCACCUACUUCGGCGCCUCGAAUACAUAAUAGGCAUUUUGCCGCUGCGCGAUGGCCAGCUUGUCUCAUGUCUAGGCCAGAUGAAACGGAAUCUUUAAGACCAGCUGAAGACCCAGACGAGGCUUGUUUUGAACGCCGACGCGUCAAAAGCAUCAUGCAAGCGAGGACUGAGCUGAUGCCUAUCAAUAUGCGCCCGAAGGAUCUGACGGUUGGUUCAAUUACUGUUAUUCGCAUAGCCUAUAGGCUCUUCGCACUAUAA